GCCGGCCUGUGGUGGCUUCAUCAACAAACCACAGCCAAGGAGAGCUUCACAAAGACUUUGGUCUUACACACACACACCCCAUACCUCCAAGAAGCAGCCUGCAGAGUCUUGAGGAGUCCAAAUGGCGAGCCAAGGUGUUGCCUGCAUGUUUGCUCUGGCAUUGCUCCUCGGAGUCUUCGCCUCCAUCCCACAAAGCGUGGAGUCGAUCGGGGUGUGCUACGGCAUGAGCGCCAACAACCUGCCGGCAGCAAACACAGUGGUGGGCAUGUUCAAGUCCAACGGCAUCAACGCCAUGCGCCUCUACGCGCCAGACCAGGCCGCUCUCCAGGCCGUGGGGGGAACAGGCGUCAGCGUGGCCGUGGGCGCCCCCAACGACGUGCUCUCCAACAUCGCCUCCAGCCCGGCCGCGGCCGCCUCCUGGGUGCGCAACAACAUCCAGGCCUACCCGUCAGUCUCCUUCCGCUACGUGGUCGUAGGCAACGAAGUCGCCGGCGGUGCCACGCAGAACCUCGUCCCGGCCAUGAAGAACGUGCACUCGGCCCUGGCUUCCGCGGGCCUGGGCCACAUUAAAGUCACCACUUCGGUGUCCCAGGCCAUUCUGGGAGUCUACAGCCCACCUUCCGCGGGGAGCUUCACGGGCGAGGCCGACGCGUUCAUGGGCCCCGUGGUCCAGUUCCUGGCCUCGGCCGGGUCGCCGCUCAUGGCCAACAUCUACCCGUACCUGGCCUGGGCGUACAACCCGAGCGCCAUGGACAUGAGCUACGCGCUCUUCACGGCCUCCGGCACCGUCGUCCAGGACGGCGCCUACGGGUACCAGAACCUGUUCGAUACCACAGUGGACGCGUUCUACAAUGCCAUGGCGAAGCACGGUGGGAAUGGCGUGAAGCUUGUCGUGUCCGAGAGCGGCUGGCCCUCUGCCGGUGGGACCGCCGCGACCCCGGCCAACGCCAGGGUCUACAACCAGUACCUCAUUAACCAUGUGGGACGUGGCACCCCGAGGCACCCGGGCGCUAUUGAGACGUACGUGUUCUCGAUGUUCAACGAGAACCAGAAGGACAGCGGCGUGGAGCAGAACUGGGGGCUCUUCUACCCCAACAUGCAGCACGUCUACCCCAUCAGCUUCUGAUCUGAUGGACUGUAUACACAGUUAGCCGCCGGCUAGCUAGCCGUAUGUCCGUACGCACGCGUACAUCCGUAGCACUACUAGUAGUAACUGUAUGCGUGCGUAUGCGUACAUUAUGUAUUGUACGGGGCUUGUUUGUGUGUGUUUGCGACCGCUGAGACUAGUAUCAAAUACGGUACUGCUCAGAUGGGUACGCUAUACAGUAGUAGUGGUGGUUUGCUGUAGUACCGUCGUAAUGUGAUUACGACUGAUCAAGGGAUGCUAGCUAAGCUAGAGUACUGUAAUAGCGCUAGCUGUUCUCCCUUGCCUAGAGGUUGAUUAAUUAAUUCCUAUGUACAAAUACGUACGUAGGAAUUAAUUAAUUAGGAGGUAUGUUGUACGUACACGAAUUGAAGUUAUGUGCAAUAUACACCUAUAAUUAAGUCUGAAAA